AACAUAAAAUUGUCUUCUUUCUUUGAACUCGCUAAUCUCUUUCCACGCUUUCCCUUUUUGACCCGCCUGUUUAAUCAACAACUCCUUCACUACUACUGCUAAUUACUUAUUAGCAGACAUUAAAUUACAACCCGAAGCUUCCAUGUGCCACACCAGUCUCCACUGACACCUCUUUUUAUUUCUUCUUCUAUUUCUCACGAGCAUAUUCUCCAUCUAUUUUCUGUUUAAGAUCUAAAAAUUGUACUCUCUCUGUGUCACUAUCCAAAUGACAUAGCACAACAUAAUUGAGUUUACAAACACUCAUUUAUUAUCGUUUUGCUCAAUUUUUUCAUCUGGGUUUUGUUUUUUAAGAGAUUUUUAACAAUGGCGCCGAGCUCUGUUGUUGUUACAAUGGAGAAUACGAAAAAUAUUUCAUUAGUUGAAGUCAAUGAUUUGGAUUCACCAGCUUUUAGGGAUAAAAACAAGGCUGCAAAUCCCAAGAGAUUUACUAAAGUGCUGUUACUGAAAGCCCAGAGGACACUUGGCUGUAUCCCAAAAACAUUUGCUUCGGUUAAGAAACGGAUUGCUUUAUCAGAUGAAGAGCCAAAAUACAGGGGGAAGUUGUACAGAUUUAUUAGAGCUUUUCUUGCUAUAUCAGUGGUGGCUUUGUGUAUUGAAAUUUUUGCUUAUUUCAAUAAGUGGGAAUUAAAUCUGGUGAAUCCUUGGGAAGUGCAAAGUAUUUUGCAAUGGACUUAUAUGGCUUGGAUUUCAUUUAGAGCUGAUUAUAUUGCUCCUUCCCUUUCAAAACUCACUACAUUUUGUAUUGUGCUUUUCCUUAUUCAAUCCAUAGAUCGACUUGUUCUUUGUCUUGGAUGUUUCUGGAUGAAAUUCAGGAAGAUUAAGCCAAUUAUCAAUGAAGAUGCAUCUGAUCUUGAGGAUGGAUCUUAUUGCCCUAUGGUUCUUGUACAGAUUCCCAUGUGCAAUGAAAAAGAGGUUUUUGCACAGUCAAUUGGUGCUGUUUGUCAGCUGGAUUGGCCAAAAGACCGAUUCUUGGUACAAGUAUUGGAUGAUUCAGAUGAUGAAGUCCUGCAGCAAAUGAUCAAGAAUGAAUGUUUAUCCUGGAAAGAGAAAGGGGUCAACAUUAUCUACAGACAUCGGUUCAUCCGAACUGGUUACAAAGCUGGCAAUCUUAAAUCUGCAAUGACUUGUGACUAUGUUCAGGACUAUGAAUUUGUUGCAAUUUUUGACGCGGAUUUCCAACCAAAUCCUGAUUUCCUUAAACUGACUGUACCUCAUUUUAAGGGAAAGCCGGAUGUUGGACUUGUUCAAGCGCGCUGGACCUUUGUUAAUCAGGAUGAGAACUUACUUACUAAGCUUCAGAACAUCAACUUGUGCUUCCAUUUUGAGGUGGAACAGCAAGUGAAUGGUCACUAUCUCAAUUUCUUUGGAUUCAAUGGAACAGCUGGUGUUUGGAGAAUUAAGGCUUUGGAGGAGUCCGGUGGAUGGUUGGAACGGACAACUGUUGAGGACAUGGAUAUCGCGGUCAGAGCACACUUGUAUGGCUGGAAAUUUAUCUAUGUUAAUGAUGUAAGGGCACUUUGCGAGUUACCAGAAUCAUAUGAGGCUUACAAAAAACAGCAGCACCGUUGGCAUUCUGGUCCUAUGCAGCUCUUCAGACUAUGUCUUCCUACAAUCCUGACUUCCAAGAUCUCUGUCUGGAAGAAAGCCAACAUGAUAUUCCUUUUCUUUCUUCUAAGGAAGCUUGUAUUGCCCUUUUACUCAUUCACAUUGUUCUGUAUCAUACUUCCAUUAACAAUGUUCAUACCAGAAGCCCAGUUACCUGCUUGGGUUAUCUGUUAUGUCCCUAUAGUCAUGUCCAUUUUGAACAUCCUUCCGGCACCAAAGUCUUUCCCUUUCCUAAUGCCAUACCUCCUAUUCGAGAACACAAUGUCCGUGACAAAAUUCAAUGCCAUGGUCUCGGGGCUGUUUCAGUUGGGAAGUGCCUAUGAAUGGGUGGUCACCAAGAAAACAGGCAGAUCUUCUGAAUCAGACUUGCUAGCAUUUGCUGAGGAGGAAUCAAAGAAAAUGAACGAAGAGAAAAUAUCAAGAAGGCUAUCUGAAUCUGGUCUAGAACUAUACGGAAAACUAAAAGAACAUGAACAAGAGAUCCCGAAGAAAAAGAAGGCAAACAAAAUCUACAGGAAGGAAUUAGCACUUGCUUUUCUUUUGCUGACUGCAGCUGCAAGAAGUCUGUUAUCUGCACAAGGCAUUCAUUUCUAUUACUUGCUGUUUCAAGGCUUAACUUUUCUUAUAGUUGGCUUGGAUUUAAUUGGAGAACAAGUCAGCUAGCAAAAGCAAAGAGUUUUAAUAUUUUAUUUGGAAUGUCAUCAUCUGUUUAGAGACCAAAAUUUCCGGUUGAGUAGUAAUCAAAACUUGGCUACAAACUGGGAUUUUCACCAUAAGAAUAGUUACAGGUGAAUUUUAAACAAUAGCAUACUCACAUUCAUUCAUAUAUACUUUUUAUUUUAUUUCUUUUCAUUUGUGAAAUUUGUAAUUGCCUUUACUAUAUCAAGCAAAAUAAUGAAUUAGAAAUAUUGUUUGACUUA